UGGAAGCUUUGAGAAAGAAGAGGAACAGACAGACACAGAAAAGAGAAAGAAGAUGGAGAAGUAUUUCGGGAAUGCUUAUCGUGGUGACCCGGGUGUGCCCCAUGCGGAUGCGGAGCGAUUCGUCAACAUUUGGGUCGGGUCUUCUGCCUUCUCUCUUCUCACUUACUUCCAUCCCUAUAUGUGGCAGCUCAGCACUCAGUUCAAUUGGCAUGAUAGGGAAAUGUUAUAUGAACAAUAUCACUGGAAACAGGCAAUGAAGAAGAACCAGCCAUAUGAGUGCAAGUUUAACAAGACCUGGGACAGGACCCUCCGUGACUCGUACUACUUCAAUUGGCCUUAUUACUUUGCUUAGGUCCCUUCCUUUUUGGUUUGUUGCUGGCAUUGUCUUAUCUUUACUUUGGUUGCAAACCUGGAGAGAAUUGAUGCUCCCCCAACCCCCCCUUGCAUGCACUCUCGAA